CUGGCGUUUACUAUCGCACAGCCAACACUAGCAAGGAAACCAUUAAACUACAAGGAAACGUUCCAUAAUAUCCUACAAACCUAGGUCAACCAGGAGAUAACGGAUCGGUCAGUUUCACAUCUACAAACCUAGCUCAACCAGGAGAUAACGGACCAGUCAGUGUCACAUCUACAAACCUAGCUCAACCAGGAGAUAACGGACCGGUCAGUGUCACAUCUACAAACCUAGCUCAACCAGGAGAUAACGGACCGGCCAGUGUCACAUCAACAAACCUAGCUCAACCAGGAGAUAACGGACCGGUCAGUAUCACACCCACAAACCUAGUUCAACCAGGAGAUAACGGACCGGUCAGUGUCACACCACAAGCCUAGCUCAACCAGGAGAGUACGGACUGGUCAGUAUCACACCCACAAACCUAGUUCAACCAGGAGAUAACGGACUAGUCAGUAUCACACCACAAGCCUAGCUCAACCAGGAGAGUACGGACUGGUCAGUAUCACACCCACAAACCUAGUUCAACCAGGAGAUAAUCGACCGAUCAGUAUCUUCCCUAUAAACCUUGCUCAACAAGGAGAUAACGGACCGGUCAUCUCACAUCGACAAACCUAGCUCAACAAGGAGAUAAAAAAACGGUCAGUGUCACAUCAGCAAAUCUAGCUCAACCAGGAGAAAAUGGACCAACCAGUAUCACACCUACAAACCUAGCUCAACCACGAGAGUACUGACCCGUCAGCAUCACACCUACAAACCUAGCAUUACCAGGAGAUUACGGAUCAGUCAGUAUCACACCUACAAUCCUAGAGUACUGAUCGGUCAGUAUCACACCUACAAACCUAGCUCACACCAGGAGUUUACGGAUCAGUCAGCUCACACCAGGAGUUUACGGACCAGUCAAGUUACACCAGGAGUUUACGGACCAGUCACCUCACACUACGGGAGUACAGGACUACAGGAGUAGCCGUUAAUGUGGAGAUAGCCGUAUUAUGGAAGACCGACCACAGAAAAACAAGAUGGACACGUGUCGGGCAUGGAUUGCCGUGAUACUCCUUUGGUUGUGUUCCCAGAUACGAGCUGGCACUGCGCUCAGUCCCACAGAUCCAAAUGUUUGCAGUUAUUGGGAAAGCUUUACCACAGCCGUAAAAGAAGCGUACCCCCAUCCGUACAGCCAGCUCACCCCAGAUUCCUGUGACAUCACAUGGAACUACUUCAAAGCCUGCAACCAGCAAAAGGUUGUGUACCGGACAGCGUACCGCCAUGGUGUCAAGGUGGAUUAUCGAAGGAGGUACAGAUGUUGCCAGGGGUUUUACGAAAGCAACGAGAUUUGUGUCCCUCGUUGUGAAAAGGAAUGUGUCCACGGCCGCUGUGUGGCACCUAACCAAUGCCAGUGUGAGCCAAACUGGAGGGGAGCGGACUGCUCGAGCUCUUGCGCUGUACAUGAAUGGGGACUGGACUGCAACAAGACCUGUCCGUGCCAAAAUGACGGAGCCUGUGAUGCUAUUUCUGGAAUAUGUAUAUGCCCUGCCGGUUUCAAAGGCCCCCUGUGUGAGAAGCCAUGCGAUCCGGGCCUUUACGGAUUCGAGUGCUCUCUUGAGUGUCAGUGCAAAAAUGGAGCCACAUGCAGCCCAGAAAACGGGACAUGUGUCUGCCCUGAGGGAGUCACAGGGCCUUACUGUGAGAUCCACUGCACCAAACUCCAGCCGUCUACGUUUCAGUGUCCCGAGCAGUGCCCGUGUCAGAGCGGAGGGAUCUGUAACCAGGACACCGGCCAGUGUCGCUGCCCACCGGGAUGGAUGGGUCCAGUUUGCUCCAUUCGGUGCCCACGGGGCUUCUUCGGACGCAACUGUGAACAGGAAUGUCUCUGUCACAAUGGUGGGGAAUGCGAUCCGGAAACCGGGCAAUGUGACUGCUCCCUUGGGUUCAAAGGUGAUGGCUGCAGGGAAGAAUGUCCAAUUGGGAAAUAUGGCAGGGAUUGCAAAGAGAGUUGUGACUGUGUGAACGCCGUGCGUUGCUUUCACGUCCAUGGAGGGUGUCUGUGUGAGGCCGGCUUCUCUGGGGCAAACUGCGAAGAGCGAAUGUGCUCCGCCGAUCGCUACGGGCUGCGCUGUGACAAGGCCUGCCAGUGUGACAAAAUGCAUUCUAUCAGCUGUCACCCGAUGAGCGGAGAGUGUACAUGCAAACCAGGCUGGGCUGGUCUCUACUGCAAUGAGACGUGCCCAUCAGGAUACUAUGGUGCCAACUGCCAGGAACCAUGCCUGUGUCUGAAUGGUGGGUCCUGCGACAGUGAGACUGGAGCCUGUAUCUGCACCUCUGGAUUUACGGGCACUCACUGUGCCAGCUACUGCCCAGAGGAAUCCUAUGGGUUAAAAUGCUCUGAGCACUGUACCUGCAAAAAUUAUCUGGCCUGCUCCCCCAUCGAUGGCAGCUGUGUGUGCAAAGAAGGCUGGCAAAAAGGCGAUUGUUCUUUGCCCUGUCCAAAGGGAACCUGGGGUUUUAACUGCAACAGAACAUGCCAGUGUGAGAACGGGGCUUCCUGCAGCGCUAUCACCGGAUCCUGUUCCUGUACCGCUGGGUGGUCUGGGGAGAAAUGCAACCAGUCGUGCAAGGCCGGCAGUUUUGGGCCGGGAUGCAACCAGCACUGUGACUGUAAACACUCGGAUGGCUGUAACCCAGUAACUGGGCAAUGCCAAUGCUUGCCAGGAUGGACUGGGGCACACUGUGACCAGGGCUGCAAGGAAGGAUUCUGGGGUAGGAACUGCAAUAUGUCUUGUGACUGCAAAAAUGGAGGAAUCUGCUCUUCCACUGAUGGGACAUGCACCUGCAUGGCUGGAUUCCAAGGACCGACCUGCGAGAAACACUGUGCCCCUGGGCGGUAUGGGAAGAGAUGUACCCUGACCUGCAAGUGCUCCAACUUCUCCACUUGUAACCCGCUCGACGGCUCCUGUAAAUGUUUCCAUGGGUGGAAAGGCAACGACUGCUCGGAACCUUGUGCCCUGGGAUUUUGGGGUAAAGACUGCGCCAGCAUCUGCUAUUGCCAACAUGGUGGUCACUGCAGUCCUACAGACGGGACAUGUAUGUGUUCGGCCGGAUGGACUGGGAAGACCUGCUCAGAUGGCUGCCCCCUGGGGUCAUACGGAGAGAACUGCAUUCACAAGUGUAAGUGCCAGAAUGGGGCGGAAUGUGACCAUGUGACCGGGAGAUGCGCCUGUCUCCCAGGAUUCCUUGGGGCUUUCUGUGAGAGAAAGUGCCCUCCCAAGACGUAUGGGUUAAAAUGCCACCAAGUGUGUGACUGUCUGAACAACAGCACGUGCAGCCAUGUGACCGGGCAGUGCCAGUGUGAAGCUGGGUUUACUGGAGCCCAGUGUGAGAAGGCUCUGAACGUGGACGUCCCCUUUACCAUGGUGCCAAACACAGCGUCUGGCUCGGAUUCCCUGGGACCCAUGCUUGGCAUUAUAGCACUGGUUAUUCUGGUGGUGGCACUGAUCGGAUUCUUCCUGUGUUACCGGCACUGGCAGAAGGAUAAGGAGAACCACAAUCUGUCCGUGGCCUACACCUCCACCAGACCAGCCAGCUCUGUCUACGAGGUGCCAGAUGUCCCCCCUGGUCCGAUGCAUUACUAUUCUAACCCCAGUUACCACACGCUGUCUCAGUGCGGGCCAUGCCCUCCCCCUCUUCCUAGUAAUCAGGAAAGACCCGGCUCCAAAAAGAACGUGAUUCGCAAUCCACACUUUGCCAAAAUGAGGAACGAGCAGAGGGACAGAACGUCAGCUUUCAGUACAGAUUUUAACGCCACGCUACCAGCUGACUGGAAGCAUCAAGGACUGCCACUGAGCCCCAGGGAGCAAGGUGCAUAUCGGAUAGACAGGAGUUACAGCUACAGUACCAGCGGGGCUAUCUACAACAACAGGGGUAAUGAUUAUGUCAAAGACUGCACUCGAUCCACUAGCAACAGCUCACUGAACAGCGAGAACCCCUAUGCCACCAUUAAAGAUCUCCCAAUGUUGUUGGCCAGACCUUCGGAAGGGAACUACAUGGAGAUGAAAUCUCCGGUCCACAGAGAAAUGUCAUAUGCAGAGAUUGGACUUCUCGAUGAAGAUGCAAUGUAUGAGCAAAAUCCAAAGGAGGAAGACAGUUUUGUUCGAGGGGCAGAAGGAGUCACCAGCAGCUCUAGAAGCAGUUUUUCACCAAGCCAUUAUGACUCUCCCAAAAACAGUCACAUUCCAAGUCAUUAUGACAUGCCACCCGUCCGACAGUACCCUCCCUCACCCCCUGCAAAGCGCCAAGGCCGAUGAUCCUGACAUCUGGGUAUCACCCACUUUGCGCCUUCCUUCUUAUUGGCCCACUACACAUACUUAUCGUUAUGGACUUAACUGAUAACUGACAUUAGUGUAGGGACAAUCAGUGCCCAGUGCAUGGGUUACCUUCUGAUGGAAAAAAGACUAUGUCCUCCUUGAUUCCUACA